UGUAACUGGUUAUCAAUAACACUAUUUAAAAUAAAACCCGAACGAUUUUUUUGCUCUAAACUGUUUGCAACUUCAAGUGGUAAUCUUGGGGAAGCGAAAGAAUGAAGCAACUACUCUUUGUCUUAGUUUCCAUAGCCAUUUAUGGCACCCUAGAAGCCGCAAACUGUGCUAGACCCAACCUCAACCGUGCCAAUGUCUACAUCUACAGUUCAAUAGGAAAAGUUCCAGUCAGAGUCAGCAGAUGCCUUUUCAACGACACCAAGGAUGCCUAUUCCGACAUUUCAGAUAACUGUGUAAAAGCUUUCCAAUCUGGAACCUUCAUCGAUAAAUGGCAGGAUAAGAACGUGCUUGCUGACAAAGGUUCUCCGAUUGUAUUGGAAGAAUACGUUUCUAAGGCUGAUUUAGUAAAGAAUGAAAUUGUUCUCAGAACCGGCAAGGUUUGCAGGUAUGAUAGAGGUUUCUGUUAUGAUCCAACUGAAACUAAUACUUAUGCUGUCGUUUGGGAAAUUCUCGAUAAGUCCAAAGUUCAAUGUCCUAAUCAACUUUACAAGGUAUUCCAAGGAGAUGUUGAUUUCUGGGAAUUCAAGGAACAACGUCUUAACUAUUUGUUUCACUACGAUCCGCUUGAAGACAAAGCAUUUUACUUGAGUUUAGAGAGCAAAUCCCAGUGUCAAAACACAGACGUUUGGUACACCGAGGAAGGUUACAUUGUUUCUGUUAAACCACUUAAAUCCAAAGACAUUGAUCCCAAAGGAUUGGCUUUGAGAACCAAAGGAGGAACCAAGGGAGGAGUUAAAGGAGGAGCCAUUAAGGCACCAGCUGGAGUAAAUCACGAUUACUUUACUGUCAGAUCCAAAAAAAUUGUAAGUGAAAACGUUUUAAAACAUUGUGACAUUAAGUCACUUUCAUUUGAAGAAUUGAUCGAAGCUGUCGACUCAGACUACUUACAAAACCCCCACAACUUACAUCUUAUUUUGGAACGUUACUACAACCUCAUUAUGGACACAAAACAGGAAGUUAUCGAAUUAAUCUAUAAAGAAAGUACAGUAAACAUUACAAAAGAAUUAAAAGAACAACUUAUUAUUCUGAAAGAACAUUUAGAAAAGACUCGUGUAGAGGUUACUCAAAUCCAAGAAACUCUUCUAGCUGCUGGUGACCUAAAAGGAAUAAGAAUUGAUGUAGAUAAUUUAGCUAAACAAAUCGCUUUAUUAUUAAAGACAAACGAACACUAUGAAGAAAUCAUUAAAGAACUUUAUGCAUCUAUUGCAAAGAACACACUUUUGAUCAACGAUCAAAGUAAAGAAAUUGUAUCCAUCUAUGAGAAAGUAGAAAAAAUUCAACAAAUUAUAAACAAACAACUUCCUGAAUUUAUCACAAAAACAGAGGUGUACGAAAAAAUUGCUCAAAUAGAACAAGAUUUUCACGGAAAACUCAGAGAUUUAGCCAUGAAUGUAACCAUGCUUAUUAUGGAAGGUGCCGGCGGCGGGUCUGGUGUAAAAGGAGGACCAAAAGCAAAAGAAGAACUUGAAGGACUUGUCCUUGAGAAACUAAAAACUUUCAAACUUGAUCAACUUGAAUCCAAAAUUGACAGGCUUAGAGAAAAGAUUGAACUGGAACUAAGCCAAUACAGAUAUGAAUCAUACAGUAACUCAACUCUCUUAGAGGAAAGAAUUUUGAAGAAGCUUGCCGAUUUGGAGGCUAAAAACCAACCAAUUUUAGACAGGUUAAACAAGUAUGAAGAACAAAUCAACAAUUUGUUUAGUGAAGUUAAAAUAAUUAAAGAAAAUGGUGAACACUUUAAAGAAUCGGUAGAAAAAGUUUUUAAAGAAUUUGACUCUAAAUAUGAAAGUAUUUUGAAAACUUUUGGAGACUAUGAAAAACUUAUUAAUCAAGUUAAAAGCGAUUUGAAAGUAUUGAGUGAAAAGGAAAUUGACUUUACUCCAGCUAUUGAAAAAUCCAAACAGUUGAUACAGGAAGCCUUUAGGCCACGAGACAUUCGACUUGAAACUUUGGAAACUCUUGCUGUUAAAUUGGGAGACAGUGUUGAAAAGGGCGAACAAGAUUUUGAGAACUUAGAAAAACAAAUUAAAGGCCUCCAAGAUUCUUUAAAUCGCAUUGACUCAGUUAAAACAGAAAUUUCAGAAGUGAUUAAUAAAAAAUCAGCUCAAUGCGAAAAGAACCUUUCUGAUUUGAAAGAAGUUGUAGAACAAGUAUCUGUAAAACGUGAUCUUACAGACAAAGAUCUUCAAGCCAGUAAAGAAGCUGCAAAAACAAGGUUAGAUGAAGUUUAUGAGGAAUGUAGAUCUUCCAUUGAGCAUAUUAAUAGCACUUUGGGAGAAGACAGACAAUUAAUUGAUAAAAUACAGGUUGAAGAUGUUAGGAUCAACGGUGUUAUUGACGAUUUAAGGAAACAAAUUGGAGGACACAAGGAUUCUAUUUCAAAACUUGAAAGCCUCAUAUUAGAAAAGAGUUCUGGAUGUGAAGCUACAGGCAAGCAAAACCGCGAGCUUAUUGAUGAAUUAAAGACAAAGGUAACUGAAUUGUACGAUAUCGUUAAAAAACAAGAGGAUUUGAUUCUCGAAUUAAAGAAAUCAACUGAAAAAGCUGCCGUUACUCAAGGAGGUACUAAAGGUGGUACUAAAGGUGGUACUAAAGGAGGAUCAAAGACAAAUUACUACAGUCAACAAUCUCAAACUAGCCAAGACUACGAUUAUGACAAUGAAUGGAACAAUGGUCAAAAGAUUGUCUCACAACAAACAUCUGAUGAUUGGGAACAACAAAGUCAACAGUACGGUGGAAAUGGUUAUAUUAAAACUACGAAGACUGUUGUUCAUUCUUCAAUACCUGAUCACAGCCACAUCCACACACAACACACUCACAACUCCCACUCACACUCCUCGAUAGAAGAAACUGAUGUCAAUAUGAUUAUUGAAAGACAAGAAACUGAAAUCAGUCAUUUAAGAACAGUCCUCGCCAGCACUCACGUCAGUUUGGAUGCUCAUGAGCAUAGAAUUGAUGACUUAGAACUAAAGAUUGAUCAAUUAUUGCACAAACUUGUUCACGUACAAAAAGAUCUAGAAGGUGAUGUACAUACCCUUGAUAUUAGAGUCGAUGAAGUACAUGAAGAACUCGUCCAUUUGGAAAGUGACUUAAGAGGUUCAAUUGCAGGAUGUUGCAAUCACGGACAGCUUGUUAGUCAUUCCAACGUCAAGACAUAUACUAGCAGCUACUCCGGUAGAAAACAUUAAAACCUCUAUUUUAAAAUCAUUUAAAUAUUUUUAACAUUUUCACUUUAAAUAAUUAUUUAUUUGUUAAGGUUCCAUCAUAAAGUGAUAUUUUUAUAUAAAUGUACAAUAAAUCUU